AGUGCCAGAUCCUCCUCAGAAAGCCAAAAUCUCUGCACUGUGAAAGUAGAGUCUUUCAGAUGUGAUGCAGGCAGUCCACCUACAGUCGUUGCAGGAAAAGCUGGCCAGCGGCGAUUCAGUGGAGCUCAGUGGCACAUGCAGAACGUCCUCAAAGACUCCGUGGAGAGCUCUGAUGAUGAAUUCUUCGAUGCACGAGAAGAGAUGGUGGAAGGAAAAAGUGCCAUUCUUAUAGGCAUGAGCCAGUGGAACUCAAACGACCUUGUUGAGCAGAUAGAAACAAUUGGGAAGCUGGAAGAAAAUCAAGGUGAAGAGUCUGCAUUUUGUUCAUCUGGCUUUCUACAGGAAAAACAACGUGAAUUAUAUAGAGCCUCUUUAAGAAAACAAAGGUUCCCAGCACAAGGCAGUAUUGAAAUACAUGAGGACAAUGAGGAAGGAGUUCAACACCAAAACUGCAAAACUCAUGUACUAAUUUUGAUUCUACAUGGAGGGAACAUCUUGGAUGCUGGAGGUGGGGACCACAGCAGCAAAGUGGCAGACAUCAACACCUUCACCUCUGUGUUUGAGAAAGUGACCCGAGCCCAUUUCCCUGCUGCUUUAGGCCACAUCUUAAUCAGGCUUGUUCCCUGCCCAGCAAUCUGUUCAGCAGCUUUCUCUCUUGUUUCCAACCUAAAUCCCUACAGCUACGAUGAGAGCUGUCUCAGCAGCAGCGAAGAUCACAUCCCGCUGGCUGCCUUGCCCUUGCUGGCUGUUUCAUCCCCUCAGUACCAGGAUGCAGUUGCCAUGGUGAUUAGUAGAGCCAAUCAAGUUUACAAUGAAUUUCUCAAAUCCACAGAUGGGGCUGGUUUUAAUGGACAGGUGUGUCUCAUUGGUGACUGCAUUGGAGGAAUUUUGGGCUUUGAUGCCAUCUGCUAUAAUUCUAAUCCAGCUGAUGAGAGUCGGAACAGUAGCAGGAGAGGAAGUGUCAGCAGCAUUCAGGAUAAUCCCCCCGUAGCAGAGGACUGCAGUCUGGGUGGCAGCAAACGCCUGAGCAAAAGCAAUAUUGACAUCUUGGGGAUGGUGGAGGAUGAGAAGCCGAUGCCCAGGAAACAGAGUGACUCAUCCACCUAUGACUGUGACACUAUCAGCCAGCAUCAUGCUUUCCUGACCAGCAUCCACUCUAAUGUAUUGAAAGAUGGUACAGACUUUCCUCCUGUGGAUUCCAGUCUCUCAGAAGUAAACCUGGGCCGAUUUGAAUUCGAGGUGUCUGAUUUUUUCCUCUUUGGAUCACCGCUGGGCCUGGUGCUGGCCAUGAGGAGCACUGUUCUGCCUGGCCUGGCCGUGUGCCAGGUCCGCCCUGCCUGCAGCCAAGUGUACAGUUUCUUUCACUCUGCUGACCCCUCUGCCUGCAGACUUGAACCAUUGCUGGAGAAAAGAUUCCACCUCCUGCCCCCAUUCACUGUCCCACGCUACCAGAGAUACCCGCUUGGGGAUGGAAGAUCUUACCAGUUAGGUGAUGCUAUCCACAACCACAGUGCUCUGUUCCUUGAGAACAGCUCUUUGAACAUACCUUUCUCUCAGGAGAGCCCUGGAUCUCCAAACGCAUCUGAUCAACCACAAGGAAAAACAAGAAAGUUGAGCUUGGCCAGCACAAACAGUGAAAACUCAGGGUCAACGGAAAGCUUGCCAUCAGCAGACCUCACCAACAUUACUGCAAAGUGGUGGGGAACAAAACGAAUAGAUUAUGCCUUGUAUUGUCCAGAUGUGCUGACAGCCUUUCCAACCGUGGCCCUGCCACAUCUCUUCCAUGCCAGCUACUGGGAAUCAACAGACGUUGUGGCCUUCAUUUUAAGACAGGUGAUGAGGUAUGAAAAUGUAAAUUUCAAGGAAAAUGAUAACCUGGAUCCAGCAACAUUAAGUCCAUCCAAUCCACGAGAAAAAUGGCUGCGCAAAAGGACACAUGUCAAAUUAAGAAAUGUGACUGCUAAUCACCGAGCUAAUGAUGUCAUUGCAGCAGAAGAUGGUCCUCAGGUACUAGUUGGGCGCUUUAUGUAUGGACCUCUGGACAUGGUAGCUUUAACAGGUGAAAAGGUUGAUAUCUUCAUAAUGACUGAGCCGUCUUCCGGUAGGUGGGUGUACUUUGACACAGAGAUAUCCAACAGCAGUGGCCGGAUAUCCUACAGCAUACCCAAGCAGAAGAGGCUGAGAGUUGGUGUGUAUCCCAUCAAAAUGGUGGUCAGAGGCGACCAGAGCAGCGCCACAAGUUACCUGACUGUGCUUCCCCGGGGAAUGGAAUGUGUUGUGUUCAGUAUUGACGGUUCGUUUGCAGCAAGUGUUUCAAUUAUGGGAAGUGACCCCAAAGUCCGAGCUGGGGCCGUUGAUGUUGUCAGGCAUUGGCAGGACCUGGGAUAUCUGAUUAUCUAUAUUACUGGCCGUCCAGAUAUGCAAAAACAACGUGUGGUUUCAUGGUUGUCUCAACACAACUUCCCACAAGGGAUGAUCUUCUUCUCAGAUGGACUUGUUCAUGACCCACUGCGACAAAAGACCAUUUUUCUCCGGAAUCUCAUGCAAGAGUGCCACAUCAAAAUCUGUGCCGCAUAUGGUUCCAUGAAGGAUAUUUCUGUGUACAAUGUCUUGGCUCUGUCACCAUCCCAGAUCUACAUAGUUGGACGAUCAACAAAGAAAUACCAGGCACAGUGUCAAUUCCUCAGUGAAGGUUACGCAGCCCACUUGGCCUCGCUGGAGUUCAGUCUCCAUUCACGACCCAAAAAGAACAACUCUCGGAUGAUCUUGAGAAAAGGCAGCUUUGGCCUCCACUCCCAACCAGAGUUUUUGCGCAAGAGAAACCAUCUCCGCAGGACUAUGUCUGUGCAGCAGCCCGACCCACCUUCCUUGAACCCCAAGCCAGAGCGUGCCCAGAGCCAGCCCGAGUCAGACAAAGAUCACGAUAGGCAUUUGCCCUCCAUUGUCUGGGUUCGAGGUGGAGUUCACAAAUUUGAAUCUGUCCCCUAGGAAGCUUGGGAAUAUAGAUCUUAGGUGCACCCCAUUCAACUUGUAGGCAUGUCUCAAAGAUAGUAUUUAGGCAGCUUCAAACUAAGAGAUGUAAAGGGGAACCUGUACCUCAGAGUCUUCCCUGCUCUGGAUUCUGCCUUCUUACACCAACUGGGGAACUUCCAGUCUGUUCCUCUUGACGUGUUUAUUGGGAAAUUUUAAAACAAUCUAAAACUAUUGCAAGUGCUUAUAACAUCCAAGCAACAAGAAAUAUCUUCAGUUAUUUUUUACAACAGAUAUAAUAAAAUGUGCAAUAAGAGAAAAAGCUGUAACAGGCUGAUUUUACUCAGAGUGAUCGUGGUAUCAGCUAACUAGCUGCACCAAAAGCAGUAUAAGGAGUAGGUCCAAUAGGUUACAGAGAAGGUUUACACUUCAGACGUUGAAUAGUUAUAUCUGUUUCCACUUCACUUUGGAUAAAGGGAUAGACUUGCAAGGGAAGCAGAGGUGGGAACUACAGUAAUGGGGGGUCAAGAUUUGUACAGCAAGAUGCUUUUUGGGUGCCUUAAACCCAAGAUUUGCUUUCAGCGUAUAGUGCUGUCAACAGACCCCAGCAUGAGACCUCGUGUUUGUGUGAGGUGCUGAACGUGGAGUAAAUGGGAGAACUCCACUGGUGAACCAAAUCAUAAAAACUUCAUUUUAGAAAUAAAUGUGUCUGCCACAGUUUGAAGCAGUUAGUGUUGCUGUUUACGAAGUAGUGUGCAAGUAUACAAAAAUCACAUUGUUUUGUGGAACUUGGUGACUGCAAAAUGUGUGGGCUACUCACACGGAGAUCGCUCUGACCAUCUCGGUCUGAGAGACAGAUCCUAGGACGGUGAGCUAAAGGGAGCCCGUUUACUAAGGGAUCUACAAACUUCAGAGCAAUCACUUUUUUCAUUACUCUGAUUAGAAUCUUUACACUGGAGAAAAAAAGUAAUGGAAUUCCUAUGGGUAAAUUGUUUACUUUCUCAUGCUUUAGAGCAACUGCUGUGUUAAGACAAUCUGUAGCAUUCAGAAGUACAGCAUUUGAGCUUCAAAGAAUGGACAUGCCAAAUUACAGGUGCCAAAUAGACAUUUUCCUGCUGAUUUAAAUUUUUAUCAAAUCUCUCAAUGAAUUUAUGAGAAGUAAAAUGUGUGAAAUUUUCCCCAAGUGGUAAUAUUUCUAAAGUGCUGUAGUUAGUUCAACAUAGUAGCAGGUGUCAGAUUCUUCAUGCAGCUACUUCCACUGCACUAACUUCACCAAGAGAACUUUAAUGACUGAACCGAAGCAUGUUUUAAAACCUGCAAUGAAAUGACAAAUGCACACAAAUCCCCUUUUCUUUAACAAUUAAAACAGGGCUAUUGACAGAGAAAGCUUGAAGUCAAUAGGAAAAUUCUUUUUCAGGUUGGUUGGUUUAAUUUUGGGGAAUGGGGGUGGAGAGGGUGUCAUGCCUUUCCGCACCUCCCAUUCCCUGCCUCACUUUCAGGUUUUCCAGGUCAGUAGUUAGACCAGAAACAGUCUUGCAACAAGUCUUUGGUUAAUGAUUUUGAAUGUUGACAUGUAAAGCAAACAAGAAAUGCAAUGGAAAACUAUUAACAGUGCAGAAGUAAACCUAAGUCUUUACUCCCUAUUCACCCAAAAGUUUCAGUAUGAUCUUUGAAAAGCAUAAUAAUGUGGCUUUUGCCUUAAAAAGCAAGUAGCUUAUAAACGGAGAUCUUUGAUUUAUUUUUUUAGACAUUACUUGGCAAGAUCAUCAGUUAUCUAUUUCAAACUUCUUGAUAGAUCUCUGGCACAUCAGUAAUUUGUUUUUAUAAUGCUUCCCUUAAGGGAAGGGGUAAUCUCUGCUGAAGAUUUAGGAAAGAUAUUAAGUUUGGUAGCUCACACUAAUUGGGAGCAGGUAACUACAUUACAGGGGAACGGGUUUUAAUGCUCUGUUGCCAAGUCAGCCAGCUACCAAAGCUAAAUGAAAGAUACCCACAAACUACAUUGAAGCAGUCUUCAGGUUUACAGAUGCUUCCCCAAUAGCAUCACACCUAGUUCUUUAACCUACAAAUUUGGAGGAAAUAUUCUGUGUUCUGUCUUGGCCCACUGUGUCUAUUAAUUCUAAUCAGAGAGUCUUUCUCUCCUCGCAUCCUCCACAGCGAGGAGGAGCAUCUCCCUCCCUCAGUUCACUGUUAAUGUGCUCCUGAUUGUGAGCUUUAAAAAUGCGCGGGAAUCCAAGGCUUGGGAGGUCACUAAGCAAAUUUUAAAUUUGCUGAGGGGACCUAAAAGCAACGCUGAUGAACCACAAAGUUCUUUUUAAGCACUGGGUGUUGUGUAUCGUGUCUCCUGACAGUAAUCACUGUUGCUGCUGCAAAGUUCAAAGCUAAUGUUGCUUUAGCCGUCUACCUCUCUCAUCCAAGAGACUCCAAAAUCUAUUUUUCAUUUUAAGUUGCUGUAGUAGAAAGGCCUGCUUCCUUUCAGAAGAGGGAUCUGUGUGUAACUCUGUGACUAUGUUAAAGGAACUAGUGUCUGAGUAGAAGGUUGAGAAAUCUCCUAGGUUGUUAUGGUCUGUCUUACUCUUGCAGACACAAUGCCAUUUUGCAGGGUACAAUGUCAUGAAAAUUCUGAUUUUGUGUAUUUAUAUUAAUAACUGGGUCACCUUUGCAGUAGUCACUCUGCUGGCUUCUCUUAAGAACGGUAUGAGUUAAUAAUAGUAGUAAAACAAAUGCUAGUGUAUGUGUGCAUGAUUUAGAGUGGUCACGAUUUCGAAGUUUCUACACGUGAUGUAGCUAAAAAUAUUAAGCUAAAAAUAUCAAACUAAAAAUAUUUUCCCUAACUUUGUUACCUUCAAUAUACGAGAGCUUAUGUGGCCUUUGCAUAAUUCCAAGACUACUUAUUGCUCAGGGAUAGAAUGGUUUAACUCCUGAUCACAUGCCUCCAGCUGAGCACGUUGGCACACAAUGAUACAGGCAUUAAGUUGGAGUUAAGGCUUCAUGCUAAUUAGGAGCCGAGCUUCUAAAACAUCACAUGCCAGAUAAAUUUGUUUGAAAGCACUAGUCAGUUGCGUCUGAAAUCGUAAAACAACUUCUGUUGGAGCUGAGAGUAUGAACAAGGUGUGAUUUCAGACAUCAGAUAUUCCAUGGUGCAGGCUGGGGACGUGUCUGCUGAACCGCUCUUGGGCUUUUUCCCUGCUGUGCCUAGGGCGAUUCCUGAGGUUUGCCUGGUGAUUCACAGGUUUUAUAGCAUAAUUUUCAAUCAUGUUUUGUCUCAGAACAUUUCCUUCUGGUCAGAAUUUUAGUUAUGCGCUUUGUCCAUGUGAAACUGCAUGCAGUGGUUCAUGGGCGUUCACUUUGCAAUUGGAUUUGUUUCGUUUGUGCUUUCCUGGAGGAUUAUCAAUCCUCCUGAGCAGACCCUUUGCUGAGGAUGAGCUUGACCCUGCAGUCGUCCUGCUCCUGCUGCCGGUCCUCUAUGCUGCGCUCUCUGUGCAGUCAGGGCUGACUGGGCAUUAGGGGCUGUGGAGGUGCAAAGCGCACAGGAAUGGGGGUGCUGGGGGAAGGCUGGUUACACCCUCUGCAGCUCCAGCACCUUUGGUGCCUCCCAUCUGUUACAGAAAAGCACAUUCUUUUAACCUGCUGAACAGAGGAAGCGAAGUGAAGCUGUAAAACAAACCUGCUGUUGCAGCAGGUGCAGCCCUAUGUCAAGGCAAAGCAGGGCACAGCUGGGAGCAUUUACUUCUUUGCUCUGUUGGUACAGAUCCAGCUUUAAAUUACUGUAAAAAAAAAUGGCUGUGAUUAAUAGCAGUGGUAGACAUAUCUGAGCUAUUGUGAAAACACACCUUCACAACUGUGGUGUUUUGGGGUUUCUUUUGUGUGUGUGUGUUUAUGUGUGUGUAGCUACUGGAAGACACCUUAAGUGAAGUCUUGGUUCUGCUUUCACAGCAAAUUUGUAACUGAUAUAUUUUAAAAAAAUAAUAUUAAAUGGCUGUUUAUUCAAUUUUGUUGUCUAGUUAGGUACGUUUGAAAAAAGAUAUCAUUGUAUAAAGAGUGCAGAAUAUUCCACAGACCUGAAUAGUGAUGUUGAUCCAAAUCUGCUUAUUAUGAAUAACUUUUGGUUUUUUCAAAGUGUUUAUGUACACUAGUGUUCUUGGAACAGAAUCUUGCUUGACCAAAGUACUCCUAUUUAGUUUUGUGGCAUGGUUUAUAGCUAUUCAGCAUAAAUUUUUGUUAGGUGUAAAAAUGACAUGGCAUUGAUAAUUCUUGUUCAUUGGGGUUCAUGAGAACUGCCAUUUUGAUAUGUUUUUAUGAAAAUAGUGUCUUAAUUCUUAGAGAUUACUUUCACCUAUUUCUCUAGUACCUGGGGAAGUCACUUCUAAACAGUUAAAACUUGCACUAGUUAUGUAGAAUUGGAACCAUCAGUAAACUAGAGGAAAAAAAUAUUACAUACCUUAAGCUAUUAAACAGAACGAUGGCGCUUUAUUUGGAAGUUCCACCAUUCUGCAAAUUAGCCUUUGUUUGCCGUUAUUAGUGAUCAAGUUUUCCCACAUACAUUGUAGUCUUUAGGGCAGGGCACUGCCAGUGUGUGUAUUUAAGCAAAUCUCCAAUAUUUAGAUCUAUAGUAUCAUCAUGGACUUCAUGGAAUAAACUUAGAAGGGAAAAAAAGACAUUUUUCCUUCUUUCUGUAUUGUUUCCUGUCUUAAACUUGCUAAAAACUUUGCUUAUGAGCAUUUUUAAUAGUACUUGAAAUCAAUCAGUAUUUUCAGUUUUUAAAAUGUGCAAGUGCAACAACUGUUACUCGGUAAAUAGGAUUUUCCCCAGUUUCCCCCCCGCCCUUGCCAUCUAAGCCACAGAAAGGUGAGUAAAUCAUAAAAAUACUAGAUGGAAUAUGGGCACCUUUUAAUAAGCUCAUUGGCUUAAUAACAGAGAGGAGAGAUUGUACCUGCAAUUUCAUCAUAUUUCUGAUUAGAGCUUGAAAUGUGGGAUCUGAAAUCAAGAUUUCUGUGUUGAAUUGUUCGUUUUAGGCAUGCAGGGGAGAAAGUGGCACUUUCCAUCCUCAUCUGGAGCUGGUACAGGAUAUAAUUCCCAUAGACACCAAACUUUCCAACUUACCUCAGCUUUUCCAAGAGCAAUGAUUGCUCAUGGUCUGUGUUCAUAGCUUCAGAAGAAAUUCUGGGUUUAACAAGGUAAUUUGACUUCCAUGAUGUUUAAUAACCCAAGUGUAAAUAUAAGUUCCUACAGAUUAUCCUCAAUUCAGUCCCCAUAGAAAUGGUGGUAAUAACACAUUUUUCUGGAUGAAAAGAACUCUUUUUUUUUUUUUUUUUUUUAAAAAAAAAAAAAAAAAAAGGAAAUGGCCUGGAACAGCUAGAAUCCUGUGCCAUGGACUCUGGAAUUGAAGUCAGGUGUUGGUAUUUCCUCUUUCCCUCAUUUUAGUUCAAGACCAAGGAAAGGGGAUUACAGUUUACCCUUUAUUUGUAUUUAUCUCAAUAAACUACCUUUGAAACUGGAUAUAAUUUGGUGGGGAAGAGAGGAAGGACAUGAAACAAAUCUGACAGCUCAUUUCUCUCUUGUAAGGAAGUACAGCACUUACUGGGGGGAGAGGCAGGCGUACUGUGAUGUCUUAGGAGAUAGUAUAUACCUGAGAUUACAAGGUUGAAACGUAAUUCACAGAUUGCAAGCUUUAAAGAUAAGGUUAUUCUGGGAGGACUGGUGUAGGGCCCAGAAUGGCAGUCCUCUCACAGAACCCCAAGCCUUCUGCAUAACUUAUUUUUCUAUUUGAGGGGGAUGGAAGGGGGCAGUCCACUUACAACUGAAUUCAUACAAGGAAACUUGAAAUUGUACAUGUUCUUUCAGUCUAUAGUUUUAUUAAGUACGUACUUUGAAAUAUUGUUUGUCAGUGAGAAGGUUCUAUCUGGUGACAAAUGUUUAUAUUUCUUAUGGCUGCCUUGUAAAGAUUCAGAAGUGUACAAUAAUGAAUUUCUUAAUAUGAAAUAAGGAGUUAAGAUUUCUACAACUGGUAUAGAUUUUGAUGUGAGCUGGUUUUUAAAAUCUUAUAAUAGACUACUCACUUAAAUAAAAAUUUCCUUGCCUUUAA